UGUAUUCACGUUUUUUUUUCUCUUCGCGACAAAUAUCUAUAUAUCAAAUAAAUAUUGUGCGAUCAUCGUAAAGGCCUUAGCAGAACGGCUGAUUUGUCAUUUUAAGACAAUGUUUUAUGCUCUAAAUCUUUGUCGAAAUUACUAUUUCUUCACUCUUUUUUAUUAUACAGCGGUUUGUCAUCAAUCGCAAACAGAACGGCUUUUUAAUUUAAGACACACCCUCAAACACAAGACAGCUAUCGUGCGUCACUUAAGACAAAGAUUUAAGGAACAAAAACGUUAUUUUGAGCAGAUAAGCCAGCUAUUUUACUAAGGCUCUAACUUGAGACGCAGUCAACAUCAGAGUUGCACGUCGGCAGCACGUUUCGGUGCGUCGUCAAUAAGCGAACAGCGUCCAGAUGGCGGACAGGUAUCAGCUUUGCAGCGAGAGCAUCUAUUAUACAGCCGGUGGUAUUCUCUUUUAUUCGUUAAUUAGUUGGCUCGUGCGAUUGUGUCACGUGUCACGGCUGUGUACAACCAACGGGUUACACAGUGCGUAUUCAGCCGACAGAUCUGGGUGAACGAGAGCUGCGGCUUAUUUACACGGAAUUUAUCUAACACAGACACGAUCGUAUAGAUGGAACUGCAGUUUACAUAACUAAGAUUUACAUAAGCGGAAUAAACACACGCGUUUAAAACUCAAAUAUUUACCGUCAAGAUCGGUAAUGCGGUAACGUUUCACGGAAUAUCUGUCGCGAGUGGCUGCGCAAGUAGUCGAUGUUUAUCCAAAGCAAUCGGCAAAUGUUGAUCUUAUUCUCAAAAUGUCUAGGAGUGAAAUCUCACUCAAAACGAGUGCAAACUCACUGGGGACGAUAAUGUAAAUAUUGGCACUCGAAAUCGCAAGAGCGAAUGUUAAAAUUCAAUUUAAAGUGAAUUCUUAGCUCAUACGAGUGAGUGUCGCAUAGGGUCAAUCGAUCGGAGUGAGUUUGUUCCUAUGACGGUGAAACAUGCCGGAUACAUUCAAUUCAAUAUUUCAAUUUCGGACAAAAAUAUCCACUCGACGGUUCGGAACGGAGGAAUUCACGUCAUGUAAGGCUCGACUGGCAUCUCACUUUCCGAGUAGAAUUUUAUUCGAAGAAAUUUAAAGAAUACUCUUUGCACUGUUUAGAGUGAAGUCACAAGAACGAACGUUUAACUCAAAUUUGGAGGAUACUUAAUCCAUACAUUGUUUAAAUUGAUUAGAGUGAAUUUGUUUCUGUGAUGAUGAAACGCGUCGGAAUUACGUUUUCAAUUUCGAGUGAAGAUACUCAACGAUUUAGAAAUGGAGAAUUCGUCCGGUAUGAAUGAAAAGUCACUUGACGUCGAGUGACUCGGCUGUCACUCCACUUUUUGCGAACAAAAUUUUGCUUCAUGAAGUAUAUAGAAUACGAAGGGAAAGCCUGGGGAACAUCUCGUAGAGAAGGGAGACGUAUAGUUGAGCUGAUUUUUACUGCUACGUUUAAUUGCAAACCGUCCGCAAGCCGUCCUCAAAUCACAGCCAACAAACACGCCUCGGCAAAUUAUCCUCCAUAAUUAUCUGCGAAAAAUCGACGUUUCUCACAUCUCAUAAAUGUGACACGCUAGUGCCGCACAAAUCAGAUAGCGCCGGCAAAUAGCAGGAGCGGCAAUUAACAUUCAAUUAAAUGUGUCCACCGAUAGAUCCGCGCGUUUAAAUCCCACUGAAAUUUCUCACACGCCGUGAGCCGAAAAAGCGCACCGGCUGCGCGUCGGCAGAAUUUCACAUACGGUAAUUCCACACCACCUGAGUGAAACGAGAUAUUCGUGCGGUAGAAAAAACGCUGUAUGCCCCGAAAUCGUUGCAAAGUAAAAUAAAAAAAUAAAAACAAAACCGAAAGCUGUAUUAAUGGUUUCAAUGUGGCUGGGGAAAAAAUUAUCGAGAGAGCGCGAUAAAGUGUCCCCAUGGCGGUUAAAAGCGCUUCAUUGAAAGUUUACAAAGAAAGUCGGCGAAGAAAGGUUGUUGUCGUCGUCGUCGUCGUCGUUCAGACAACUAAAAGAGUUCAUGCACUCGUGAUCAUGAUGUAACCGUCCAACUUUGUUGCGUAACAUCUCAUUACAGUCGAAAACGGAUAUUGCCGUUUCGGACUUUGACGAUCGACAAAGUGUGCCGAAACACACACACGGAUGUGUGCGAUCGGUGGAAGGGGAUGAUGGCCGAAAAUCAAAGGAAAACGAAAAUAAAAUCGAACAAGAUUAAAACCGAAAGUAACCGGAUUUCAAUUACGGAACGAGCUCUUCUAUUUUAACACCAACCCAACUGUCUCGCUAAUUCAAUGCCCCAAGGCAAUCAUACUCUUUUAGACUAAAAAAGGGAGAAAAAGGGGGUUGAGGGGGGAGAGAGAGAGAGAGAAAGAGAGAAAAAGAGAAAACUUUAACCCAUAUUCCACUGCACUGCAUUUCGCGCUAAAUACCGGACAAUGCGCGUUCUAAGUUUUAUUCAAUCGCAAAUGUAUUUUGUAAUUUUGUGUAAUUAAUAAAUUUUGUAAAUUAUAGAACAAACAAGAAUCAAACGAACAUGUUUAAUGAUAAAUUAUGAGUGUUUUGUUCGUAUUCUCGCGAUACAUUCAGCGUUAAAUACGGUCGUUCGUUCGCCCGACUCUUCUCUCCCAUAGCGACGUUAUUGUUACAUUACGCAUAUCAAAUUAAAGUAAUUACAAAAUGAAAAAUCAGACUGUGUGUAGCAGCGUCGUACAGCAAAAAUGUGAGUCCUCUGACAUUUCGAGAUGAAUAAUGAGUUGAGGAAAUUAAUUGAUGUUUCAAAAAAACGGACGUACGUGGAAUUUUUUAUAAGUAUAAUAAAUUUUAAUAAACGGUGAGUGUGUGUAUGUGUGUAAACAUUAUAGCGGCGCUUAGCGGCCACAGAUACGUGUUCUAAGAGUUAAGCUUUCACCUUAUAUCGAUGCUGUUUAAGUUUAUGGAUAACGUGCAGUGUAUCUUGUAUGAGUACGUGCUGCCUGUACAGCGAAUAUUAUGAACUUCGAGGAGUUGAUCGUUGCUUUUAGCGUUAAACACGCUCGUAAUACUCGCGCACACAUAUACGACACACGCACGGAGGUGCUGUCAAGUUCUCUUGCAAAUUUCACGAAACCGGCUACAUUCUUUUUUAAGUUGAAUCUUAAUAAAAUUACUCGCCGGCGGAAAUUCAAAAGAGAUAAACGAGAGAGGAGGUUCACUGAUAUACGCACAAUAGAAAAACGUUUUGUACUUGUGUUAAAUCCGUCCUUGUUAAAAUUUUUGUGUUAAAUUUUUAAUGUACCCAUGUGUUGAUUUAACAUAUGUUUAUGUUACUUCAAUAUUUUAUGUUGAGUCGAUGUUUACACAGAUAGAGAUUGGCAUAAAAUCCAAAGUGAUUUAAAAAGUUUAAAACUCACACUAUAAAAUAGCAUUGUCAAAUAAAUCAUUUACUGAUGUGUUAUUUUUAUUUUCGCAAGAAGGUAAUAAAAACUUCAGAACAACGCAAAAUCAAACGGCGCUAAUAACACUAUCGAAGGCUCUUGCAAACAGAACUGCCACUUGAGCUCCAACUUUUGCUUUUUUUUCAUUAAUGGCGCAUGCUAAAGUAUAACUGUAACAUUUUUCUCACAUGUUUUUCUCUAUAUACAUUUUUAAGAAUAUCUAAUCUUCUUUGCCCAUUUCUAAAAAUAUCUAAUCUUGAAUCUUUUUUAUCGAUAUUAUGAAGUUUUAAAUAUCAGUGAACAAUUUCUCUUUUAAAAAGAGCGUGUUAUCUCUAUCUACUUUUCGCGAUGUUGAUUAUUUCGAUUUCGAUGUGAGUCAUUGCUUAUUUCAACGGUCAAUACGAGUGGAUGUUAUCGCGCAAGAAUUAAAUAUUUAUAAAAUAACAUAAUGCUAAUAUUACCAUGUGGAGAAUGUUAAAUUAAUGAAUAAGAAAUGUAAUGGUACUCCUAGACGUAUCUCGCCGGCUGAAAGCCACGUGACCUUGGGACCAAUAACAUACAUAUGUACGAAACUGCGGAGCGAUCAUAAUAGUCCUUGACACGCCGGUUAAUGGACCGGGAGACAUCGCGAGUGAUCCCUGAUUUUCUCUGUUCGAUCAGAGUGUAUCUGAAGUACGUCACAUUACUUCACAUGUGUAGCGUCAUGCUCGAGUUAUUUUGAGCAGCGGCAUCUUCGAAUAUUAAGGACGAUGCUAAUGGUCACACGAUAGAUAUGUGGAUACUGCGGAGGAUCCGGUUCGGGCCGAGCAGAGUCGAUUCAAAGUAAAUUUAUGGACUUUCGCACUCUUGCAUUCAAUCUUUUGCGAUCGAAAAUUGGGACAUGGAAAAUUGAGACAUCUCAAUAAAAAUCAUUAAGUUAUAAUGAUCAAAAGAGUCUAACAUAUUUGUAGCAGAACAUAGUAAAUCUGAGUUCUCGAUAUUUCGGACGUGGACCGGACGCUACGGAAACUGGAUGCUGAGGACUUCACCGCUGAAUGGAGCUAGGCAUAUCUAUGUACAAUGAUUCUGCCUACUGAAUUGUAACAAUUGUCUAUAAUAUCUAAUGCUAUGGCAACUACCGAAGAGAAGAUUAUGCAAAAGCAGAAUAACAGACCAGAAGAACAAGAUCAGAAAGAUAAGAAGAUUACGGAUCCUUGUACAGAAAAUGCAGAAGACACCAAAGAUAAAUCAACAGUAGAUAAAGUAUCUAGUAAAGAUGACGUACUCGCUAAUCAACGACAGUCUUGCAAGAGUCAGACGGAUCCUGCGGACACAGAAACGGUAGAACAACUGAAGAAUCAGCUGGGUAUGCUGAUGAACUCGUUGGCCACUCUGUCGGCGGAGAAGUCGAAAAUGGAAGCGAACUUCCAGGUCGACAAGAAGCAACUAAGAAGCGAACGGGAUGAAUGUGAGAAGGUGAUCAAAGACCUGAAAGAAAGAUUGAAGAAGGCCCAGGGUGUCAAUCAUUCCGAAAUCGAGCACGUGAAGUGCAAAUUGAUCAUGGAGCGUCAUGAGAGAGAGAGAGAACAGGCCGACAAUCUUAAGAUGAUCAAGGAGCUGCAGAAACUGGUGUGCGACGAGCGGCGCAACAAGGAACAGUUGGAGGCGCAGCUGAAGACGCAUCUCGCGAACAAGACGCAGUGCAAGAUUCUUGAGGCCGAGCUCGAGAUCACCAAGACCAAGCUCAAGCAGGCGGAAGAAGCGGCGAAGGAGACGCCGCCGCUUCUUCUCUCGCUGCAGGCCGAGAUGACCGUGAUGAGGAAGCAACACUUGAAUGCGAUUCGCGAAGAAAAAAAAAGAGCCGCUGCUGCUGAGCAAGAGGCGAGAGGGCUGGCGAUGAUACACGAGGCGAGAGUGGCUGGCUUGGAAGCUCGAUUGGCUGAACUGUCCGACAUUGUCGGAGGCUACGACCGGCUGAGGCAACAGGAUCAAUUGGCUAUUCAGAAAUUGAAGGACCGGCUGGCCGCUUUACAGGACACCGAGCACGGCGAAACUGCAGCGCCGAGUAACCGGCCGGAAGAGAUCAUCUCGAAGAUAAAAUCUCUGUACACCCAUCUGUUGGAUCUUGACAAUAAAAAGAAAGACUCGGCUUACGUAAAAGCGUUGUUGAAUAAUCUGGACUUGCGGGAUGAACAUUCCAACUACAAAGAGAAGUACGACGUGCUCCUGCAGGAAUUCGAGGACUACAAGCAUCAGGUGAUAUGCAAGUACAACGUGCCGUCCAACGCGCUGCGCGGUAUCCAGCAACAGAAUCAAGGGCUAUCUUUGACGCACGAUAAGGAUCACGAUAAGACUCAGCUACACCUCCUCAAGGUCCAUAACAGUAAUUUAGAGGAGAGGAUACGUAUGAUCAAUAAAGAAAUGUCGAAUAAAGAGAGGGACUGGCAAAUGCAGCUGGAUCAUCAACAGAAGUUAUUUCAAGAGGAGCACUCCAAGCUGGAGCACACGUUGCAUCAAAAGGACAACGAAUUUCGCAACAAGAUAUCUUUGCUGGAACAACAAUUGCUACGACAACGAGAGAGGUCCAUGGCUCUCGUGGAAGAAAAGGAUAAGGAGAUACUGACACUGAAAACGUCAUUCCGUACAUUAUUGCCUAAUAAGGAGACUGCUGCUGCGGCGGCAGAGCAUAAAGCACCUUUGAUCAGAUAUGAAAGCACCGUCGAGCCGGUGACUGAUUUAGUAACGGGAUUGCUAACAAACGACAGCCCUCCGAUAUUGCAUUAUACCCAAGAAUUGGCCAGGAAAGAAGUGCAAGUAUCGUCAUUGAGGAAAAAGACUCUGGAAUUGGAAGGGGUGUUGAGAGAGCAGCAGAGAGAAAUGCUUCAUAUGAAGGAGAAGCAACAGGAGGAAAAUAAAACAUUGAGAGCGCAUAUCACGAGGUAAUCGUCGAAUACCAAUGAAUUGUACAAAGGUUUUUUUCUUUUUGAAUGUAGAAAGACUUAUCCCUCCGAGAGCCAGCGAUCCUUUAAAAGAUGAUCCUUUAGUACAUGUAUCAGUGUAUGAUAUUAAUAAAAAGUCUUGUGCAUAAAUGCGUUAAAAAAAAUUUG